CUCUAUCUCUCUCCCUCUCUGUAUGUGAAGCUUACGUUUUUCCGAUUCCUGAAUUUUCCGCGCUGUUCUCUGUUGAAAACAAACCCUAGCCGGUUGAAUUUGGAGUUUUGAGUUUUGAACUCUGUGUGAUGGGGUAUCGUGGUGACGGUGGCGGCCACGGCGGGUCCGGAGGGCCGAGAGUGGAUGAUCGUUUGGCGGCGACUCAUCCUGAUCCGUCCUCCAUUGGAGAAGAAUGCUGGGCCGCGGCGGAGGAGACGGCCAAGGAGUUGGUGAAUUGUAUCCACCCCACCAUGGAUUCAGAGGAGAAGAGGAAGGACGUCAUGGAGUAUGUCCAGAAACUGAUCAGAGAUUAUCUUGCAUGCGAGGCCUUCCCAUACGGAUCGGUGCCGCUGAAGACUUAUCUUCCUGAUGGAGAUAUAGAUUUGACUGCUCUUACUAGUCCUAAUGCUGAAGAAUCUCUAGCACAUGAUGUCCUUGCUCUUCUAAGGGCAGAAGAACAGAAUGGAAAUGCUGAGUAUGAAGUCAAGGAUACUCAAUUCAUUGAUGCUGAGGUUAAACUUGUUAAAUGCCUUGUACAGAAUGUUGUAAUUGAUAUAUCGUUUAAUCAGUUAGGAGGUCUUUGCACACUUUGCUUCUUGGAGCAGGUGGAUCGUCUUGUUGGAAAGAAUCAUCUUUUCAAACGCAGUAUUAUGGUGAUAAAAUCUUGGUGUUAUUAUGAAAGCCGAAUUCUCGGUGCUCAUCAUGGUCUUAUCUCUACUUAUGCAUUGGAAGCACUGGUCCUAUAUAUCUUCCAGUUUUUCCAUUCAUCCUUAAAUGGUCCUCUAGCGGUUCUUUAUAGAUUUUUGGAUUACUACAGUAAGUUUGAUUGGGAGAACUACUGUGUUAGUUUGAAUGGACCGGUUUCCAAGGCAUCCCUUCCUGAGAUUGUGGUGUACAAGCUUGACAAUGGAAUGGAUGAUGCAUUGCUCAGUGAAGAGUUUUUGAGGAACUGUAUGGAAAUGUUUUCAGUUCCAUCUAGACUCAACGAAAGUGGUAGCCUAUGUCCAUUUAAGCUAAAGCAUCUCAAUAUUAUUGACCCGUUGAAGGAAAAUAAUAAUCUUGGGCGCAGUGUGCAUAGAGGCAAUUACUAUCGCAUACGUAGUGCUUUCAAGUACGGAGUACGCAAGCUUGGACGGAUUCUCUCAUCCCCUCAUGAUAAAAUUGGAGAUGGGAUAAAAAAGUUCUUUGUGAACACCAUUGAUAUGCAUGGCCAUAACCACUUAAAUAGUUUAAAGAACUCUUCUCCCCUAAAGUUUUGCCCCAAGAGCUCAGAGCCAUUAUCAUACGAGGAUGAAAUGCCAUUAAAACCAUUAUCUGUCUAUUGCAAUGAUAAUUACAAAAAUUUUGAGUGUGAAGACAAAUGGGGUUCUUCCAUAUUAAGGAACGGGGUGGACAAUUUGAUGAUGAAACAAGUUUCUGAAAACAGCUGCUUUGCCACUGGGGACUGGGCUCCCACAAACAGCACAGAUUGGGGCCCCACCCAAAGCUGGGAAUUCGAUUGCCUUAAUGGGAAGACAUUUUUUGGGCCAUGGAUAGAGCAAGGAGAGGUACCUCUGGAUCAUGUAACGGAUUAUAGUGAUAGUGUCUGUUCUGGUGAUUCAGCAAUCUCGACCCCAAAGGCCAGCAGCAUUUUAGAAAGCUUGCCCCUUGAUUUUCGGGAAAGGGACUUAGCGAGCAUAGCUGGGGAUGAUUUGGAAUUUUUGAAUCCUCUGGCUGACCUCACAGGGGAUUAUGACAGUCAUAUCAGGAGUUUGGUGUAUGGCCAGUGUUGCCAUGGGCAAGAUUCUUUUACAAAUACGAGUUCCAUGUUUGUGGGUCCCACAUUCAUCCCCUCGCCUGCUAACAACCCACUACCAUCAAAUGGUACUUGUCAUGAAGAGAAGCCAAAGCUGUCAAUAGCCAAACCUUUCAUACCAACGAUGGAUCGCUCUUGCAAAGUGAAGGGUGGAGGUAAUAAAGAACUCUGCAGUAAAAUCCAGUUCCAAAAAGGGACCAGUAGCAAUGGAUGGAUUCCAGUGUUGUCUGAGGCAAACGGUUGGGGAAACGAUGAUUUCAAGCAAGAUUUUUCUUUACACUCCCAAACGUCUUGCAAGAAAUAUGAGAAGCUCUCAUCAUCCAACCAGUACCAUUACCAUCACAGUGGAUAUUCUUCUGUUGACGAAAAUAGCCUUCCGAAUUCGCUCAGUGAGAUUGAGUUUGGGUCAUUAGGGAAACUCUGUGAUACUUCUCUUUCAGUCCCAACCAGUCGUUAUGAUAAACCAUCAGGUGGAAAACAGAUGUGGUGCAGAAAAGAAAGAUUUGCAGACCAGUCCUUCCGCUUGAAGAACGAAGACGAGUUUCCACCAUUGACGCCCAUGUGACCGACCAGAUGAACAUUACAUUGUUCGUAGGUAAAAAUACUAAAUUUGAAUUAAAACAGGAAGAAAAUG